UUUCUACCGUACACCAUUGCGCUGCAGAGAAUAAUUUUAGCGAUGCUUGGCAAUUUUGAUGUUGCGCACGGACAUUUAUGCCCGAAAAUGUGGUAAAUAAAUUUGGUAAAUUGUGCCGCGCUGCCGGUUUGUAAUUCUUUCUGGAUUAUUACGAUUAAUAUGUAUUCACAUUUCGCCGGGUGAUUGUUGAUGGUGUAAAGUAAUUCAUCCAAAGUGUAAGUAAUUCAUCCAAGAGACUGAUUCUGUUAUCGACACCAGUUGGUCCGCUGUUCGGGAAUGAUGCGCGAUCUACUGGAAUUUCUCAAAGCAUGCCUCGGAGGGAGCAAGUCUCCACCGCCUGUACAGGACCAACGACCGCGUCCAUGGGAACCGCCGCCGUAUUGCACGUACUUCGGUGAAAAUACGGAUAGCAUUUUUGCUGUGACACUGUUUAAGGAGCUUGCAAAAGCAUCUGACAGUCCCUAUCAGAACAUCGUUGUUUGUCCACAUGCGGUUCAAGUCAUCUUGGCGAUGCUGUUACCGGGAACGUACAGCGGAGUCUAUGUGGGUAUAGCGGAUCUAUUGGACUUCCAUAUGUCAGAACCCUAUCGAGGGCUGAUUGUGUCGUUAGACGCGGUGAACGUCAAUGGCGCGUUGAACAGUGUCAGUGCCGUAUUUUACGACGAAAAUUGUUGUUUGGAUUCAAAAUAUCUGGAGAUAGUGGAGCAAUUAACCGUGGUUCGUACGAGAGAGACACCGAUCUAUCUCAAUAAAAAUGAAGAUUACCGAUAUUCCGAUGUGCAGCAUCAUUACACACCUUACAAGUCAAUCCAGUGCGAGUUUAUUCCAGUGUCGUUUCGAGAUGAUUUAGCGAAAGCGACAGAAAUUAUCAACCACUUUGGAACGGAGAAACCGGAGAACAGAUUUCCGGAUUUGCUGGAUGAACGCCGACCGGAUGUCACGAUGAUCCUGCUGAAUAAGGUUGAGUUUUCCGGACAGUGGGAAGAGCCCUUUUACCCCGGGUACACUGAAAAUGAAACAUUCCACUGCGCCGAUGGUGCCAAGAAAAUCGUGGCCUUCAUGACGCGAAAAUACGGUUUCGAGCGUUGCUACAAUCUUCGGCCGGACAGCACGCGACCUGUUAACAUCAGGGACCCGCAGGUGGUCCUUCUGGAUAUCGUCGGGAGAAAAUUCAGUGUAAUGAUUGUUUUACCAGGUGAAGACAGUGGUGGGAUAGCAGCACUGGAAAAGAAAAUGACGCUUGACAGUCUGCAGUAUUGGCGACAAGAGAGCAUGCUGCCUUGCCACUCCUGCGGCAAUGUGUAUAUUGUUCUUCCCAGAUUUCGUAUCCGUUACGACGCCGAUUUGAAAAUGUGCAUGCAGUCGAUUGGAUUACAAGAAAUGUUCUUGCCUUCCAGGACGUCGUUUUCGGAUAUCCUCAGCAGCGAAGGACCGAUAAAAGCUGACGAAUUUAAACAGGAGGUUACCUUAGAACUGGACGAAUACGGAAUCAAAACGGCGCCAUGUACCGGUAGUUUGAAAGAACCAACGAUGCUCACUUAUCCAAACUUCGUGGUUAAUCGUCCCUUCCUCGUCGUCAUCUGGAACGAACCGGCCAGCGUGCCGGUCUACUUUGCACGAAUUAUGGAUCCUACUGCGUAACCGCACUGUAUCGCGCGGCAUCAGAUUUGUGGUAGUACCCGGUAGUCCGAAUAUGCAAUCAUCAAAAUAAGAACAUUACUGCUUGCACACAAAACCGUAUUCAUGUUCGCCACUGUUUUUAAUGCUUUAAUGUUGGCUUACUUCAAUUUUUUUUACUAAUCCCUAUUACAUUGGUAGACUGUACUUACGCAAACUGUAACAGCUGCAGUUUAUUGACGUUAAUAUUUAUUGUCGGAGCGUAUAAAUGCAUGGAUCUGCUAUCGUUAAUAA